AUGCAAGGAAGGGUUGGGCGAGGCGACAGUGGCUGCCGUGUGUUGGUCAGACAUGUCAACCGAUGCAUGGAUGCUAUGCAGUAUGCAAAAAAGUGCGAGCUGUCUGGAAGGAUCCUUGAGCCUUGUUACACGUGCGUGAACCCGGCCACCCAGGGAACCAAAGUGUGCAUCGGAACCAACGGGAGGAUGUCGGUGCCAAGUAACAAGUCCCAUCACUACCGGAACUUGAGAGACCGGUACACAAACUGUACCUACGUGGAUGGGAACCUAGAGAUCACGUGGCUGAGUGACGACUCUUUGGAUCUCUCCUUCUUGAACUACAUUCGCGAGGUGACAGGAUACGUGCUCAUAUCACAUGUCGAUGUGAAGCGGUUAGUGCUUCCGUCCUUGCAAAUCAUCCGUGGGAGGACCCUCUUCAAGCUCAAUGUCCACGAAGAGGGAGAUUUUGCUCUCAUCGUCACCUUGUGCAAGAUGCACAGCCUGGAGAUGCCAGCUCUCAGGGAUAUCCUGGAAGGCAGCGUGGGCCUUUUCAGCAACUUCAAUCUGUGUCACAUUCGAACUAUCAACUGGGACGAUAUAAUUACCGGUGUCGAUGCCGGAUUUGUCUAUCGGUACAAUUUCUCUGAACCUGAACGGGAUUGUCCGACUUGUGAUAAAAGUUGCAAAGUUGGGUGUUGGGGUUUGGGAGAGGUGAAUUGCCAGAAGUUCUCUCGGGUCUACUGCUCUCCUCAGUGCCAUAACGGUCGUUGCUACGGACCAAAUCCCCGAGAAUGCUGCCAUCUCUUCUGUGCCGGUGGUUGUACCGGCCCCACUCAGAGCGAAUGUCUCGCAUGCCGCAACUUCUACGAUGAUGGUGAGUGCAAGCAAGAAUGCCCUCCAAUGCAGAUUUAUAAUCCUUCUACGUAUUCCUGGGAGGCAAAUCCAGAUGGGAAAUACGCGUAUGGUGCUACUUGUGUCCGUGAAUGCCCAGAACACCUCCUUAAAGACAAUGGCGCCUGUGUCCGAUCUUGCCCUCCUGACAAAAAAGUCAAUGCCGAUGAAGGCGCGUGCGUACCUUGUGAUGGUCCCUGUCCAAAGAAGUGCUCUGGUGUGAAAGUCGUGCAUUCCGGGAACAUAGAGCAGUUCCGGGGAUGUACCAUACUGUAUGGAUCCAUAUCAAUCAUGGAACAUUCCUUUACUGGAUUUCAGGACGUGGAUCAAGCAUAUAACUUUGGACCUCACUAUCCCGAAAUGCAUCCUGAUCGACUUGAAGUCUUCUCCACUCUGAAAGAGGUGACCGGGUAUAUCAGCAUUCAAGCAUCUCAUGAAGAUUUCAAAAACCUUUCGUACUUUAGGAAUUUGGAUGUAAUAUGGGGUCGACAGCUGACAGAAGACUUUGCUGCUCUCUAUAUCAUCAAGAGUUCCCUAGAGACCUUGGGAUUGCGGUCUCUGAAGCAAAUCAAGGCUGGAGGGAUUAGCAUUCUGGAGAAUGAGAAAUUGUGCCUUGCAGAGUCUAUGAACUGGACUCUCAUUGAGGGUACCCGGGCCGACAGGAUGAUCCUCUCAAGUAAUAAGCCAAUGGAGAAAUGCUUGAAAGAUGGUAUCAUGUGUGAUGACCAAUGCACUGCUGAUGGGUGCUGGGGAAAAGGACCAGACCAGUGCCUUGCUUGUGCCAAUUUUCAUCUUGAUAAUACAUGCAUCGGUUCCUGUGAUUCUCAUCUCGGGUAUGAUAGCCACUCACUCCCCUUCCUUCGCCUAAAUGAACGAUGCCUAAAGAAGGAUGAACCGUGUCCUGAGGGAUAUUACUACGAAUGGGUCAGUCAAGCUUUGGGUUCUCUGCAACCCAUGGCUGGACGUCCCAUCUGUCGCCAGUGUCAUCCACGGUGCAAGCAAUGUACUGGCUAUGGGUUCCAUAUUUCCAUUUGUCAGCAGUGUGAGCAUUACAGAAGAGGAGAGCAGUGCGAGGAGGAGUGUCCAUCAGAUCACUAUGCGGAUGAGGUGCGCGGAGAGUGUCUACCUUGCGCUGAAGAAUGCCGGGGGUGCACAGGACAUCUUGUCACACAGUGCAGAGCUUGCCGCAAUUACAGGAUCUAUUUGGAGGAGGCAACUAAGGAGAAGCCAAAUCCAGCAUUCAAUUGCACUGCAGCGUGUCCUGAAGAUUUUCCGUACAAAGUGUUCCCAGAGGAUGAAUCUGACCCAUACUGUGCACAUGAUGCAUAUCAUGAUAGCUUAUCUGCAGCCUGUGAUGGGCCAGAGCAGGUGAUGGAUGCCGAAGAAUACCUUCAGCCAAAGAAUGAAGGAGGAAUCAGGAAUGGGAUCAUGAGCACAAGUACAGUAUCCACGUGCAGUUCUCAAGGCCCUACUACCCCCUCUCCUCCUGACUAUAAUGCACUUCAAAGUCUUCAGCGACACCAUCCACCUUAUUCAUCACGUCAUCCCGGAGGGGAAGGAGAGAUGAUUGGCAACUUCCACGUGGGCUUGAGCUUGCAGUUGGAUGAGGAUGACUAUCUAAUGCCCUCGCCUCCAAACCUCAAUGUUGAGGGCUACAUGGACCUCAUUGGCGACCCGACCAAAGCAUAUCCAAGAGGUAAGUCCUGUCUAGAAUGA